CCUACUCCCUAGCUAGCCAUGGAGAGCGUCGAGCACCACGAUGAAGCCGCCACCGGCCUCUCCCUUUCCCCUCCCCCUACGUCGGCGCCGCUCUCCCCGCCGAUAUCCCCCAACUCGGCGGCGCUGGCGAACGCGCGCUGGGUCCCUACCAGGGAGCAGAUCGCGGUGCUGGAGGGGCUGUACCGGCAGGGGAUGCGCACCCCCACCGCCGAGGAGAUACACCAGGUGACGGCGAGGCUGCAGGAGCACGGCCCCAUCGAGGGCAAGAACGUCUUCUACUGGUUCCAGAACCGGCUGCGCCAGAAGCAGAAGCAGCAGCAGCAGCAGAGAUCCGACUACUUCGCCAGGCAGCUCCGCCGUCCCCAGCCGCUGCCGAUGCUCCGCAGGACCCCCGGCCACCCCUUCUCCCCGGUCCAGCUGCAGGCGCCGCCGGCGCCGAACACUCCUGCAUGCAACAGAGAAGGGAUGUACAUGCAGCAGCCAUGUUACAUGACAGGGCCAGCGGCACAAGCCUCGGUGAAUGCAGCCUACUACUCGCAGAUGCAGCCGUCGCUAAUGCACCCAAAUUUAGAGACGAUGGCGCAUGGCAACAUCCAGGCACAGGCACAGGCACAAGCCGCCAUGUACUUCCAGACAGCAGCUUCAAAGAACUCCAACACUCAACAACCGCGUCCAUUCCAGUUCCCUUCGACCGACGGCAGCUACGAGGCUCCUGACGCCUACUCCCGUCGUCCCGUGCUUCUGAAUCUGUUCCCGCAAUACCCCACCUUUGCAAAUCGCGAGAGGACCCUCCACACUGAGAGCGCCGGCUCCCCAAGGCCAUCCACAUCAAGGUCGUUCUCUUUGGAGGCUGAGAGCUCCGAGAUCCCCAGCGGAGAUGGCUCGAGAUCGUUCUAUGACUUCUUUGGUGAAGGCCACUGAACAAGCCACAUGAAUGUUGAUAUGCUCGACAACAACCUUGUCCAAAUCAUCUAGGGUAUCUCUCGAUCUCAUGACCAUGCGAUUGAGUGGAUGUACCAAUUGCCCUUUUGGGGAUAUUUAUUAGCAUUGUUGGUUUAAUUCGUCAACUAGGCAGAAAAUGUAUUUCUUCACAAACUUGAGGCGGGCAUCAGAAACAUGUUGUUAAAUUUUAUUGAAUUAAUCCAGUUGAUUUUUUUAUUGCAA